AUGGCCAUGCAAAGGGUGACAUAUGCUAUCAUCGCUGAUGAAUUUGCCGACUCUUUGCUCCAAUCCGAUAUCAACCUCUAUCGACCCGAAGACAUGCCGCCACUUUUUAAGGUAGAUGAGUGUUACUCCGACAAUCACGAUGGAGACUUUAUGAGUCUUGGAAAUGCGCGCCGUGUGAAGAAGAUUGGUCAUCGAUCGCUCGAAAUUCACAUUUCAGCCUGGAACCUUGUGGCCACUAAAUACCCGAACGCCGACAACAUGAUUGCACAAAGCCAGAUCACACUGUACACGGCGAUGUCGCCAAAUGGACACAAGGUCGCGAUCGCGCUCGAGGAGCUCGGGCUUCCCUACAGAUUGGUCCCCUUGAAUAUGCGAGCGAUAGAACACAAAGAGCCCUGGUUCCUUGCCAUCAACCCAAAUGGACGUAUCCCAGCUCUGACAGACGUCCUGGAAGACGGUACCGAUAUCAAACUAUUCGAGUCUGCAAGUAUCCUGCAGUAUCUUGUUGAGAGAUAUGAUACGGAUCAUAUAAUAUCAUAUCCUCGUGGUACCAAGGAACAUUAUCAGACCAAUAACUGGCUGUUUUUCCAGAUGGGCGGGGUCGGCCCAAUGCAGGGUCAAGUCAAUCACUUCGUCCGAUAUCUUCUUUCAAGCGAGCCAGAAAAAUACUCAAAGGAUAGAUACAGCAAUGAAACCAGAAGGCUGUGGCGGGUCGUUGACAAGCACCUUGCAGAAUCUGGCUCACGUUACAUUGUUGGGGAUAAGUGUACCAUCGCUGAUAUUGCCCUUUCUCCAUGGGCCAAGAUACUUGAUUUCGCUGGUUUGAAUAUUGACGAAUGGCCGAACGUGAAAGCCUGGCAGGAACGUAUGAUGCAACGAGAAGCCGUGAAAAAGGGACUCGACAUCCCAACUAAGGUGGACUUGGAAAAAAUGGCAUCGGAUCCUGAAGUUUUCAAAGCCUACUUGGCCAAUAACACCAGUUGGAUCAGACAUGGAAUGGAGGAGGAUGCUAGGCUGUAA